AUGCCUGAUAACACUGAAACUACUAUCACCCAAACUCAAUCUGGAAAUGGAGUAACCUUCGAUCCAAACCAUCCCUACUUCCUCCAUUCUUCUGAUGCACCUGGAAUGACUUCAGUGAAUGCAAUCUUCACUGGUAGAGGUUUUCAGGGAUGGAGAAGGUCUGUGCUAAUUGCACUUUCAGCCAAGAAUAAGUUAGGCUUCAUCAAUGGAACAUGCCCAGCUCCAGCUGCUACUUCUAAGGAUUUUCAGCCUUGGAGUAGGUGCAAUGACAUGGUCAACUCCUGGCUUCUAAAUUCCCUCUCCAAAGACAUUGGAGACAGUGUUAUUUACUCAAAAUCUGCUAAGGAUCUGUGGAACAGUCUUGAGCAUAGGUUUGGACAGUCAAAUGGUGCCAAACUCUAUCACUUGCGCAAAGAAUUAUCAGGGUUAGCUCAAGGAACAACUGAUAUAGCAGGAUACUUUACCAAACUCAAACGUUUAUGGGAUGAGCUAGACUCUCUGAAUUGUGAUGUCAGGUUUGUAUGCUCUUGUGUUUGUGAUGGAAAGGAAAAGUUAGAAAAGUCCUUAGAAGAUGAAAGGCUAAUUCAGUUUCUAAUGGGAUUGAAUGACUGUUAUGGACAAGCUAGAGGAAAUAUUUUCAUGAUGAACCCUUUACCCAACAUCAAUCAUGCCUAUACUUUGGUUCUACAAGAUGAAAACUAG